AUGGCGGAGCAGGAGGACCUGGGCAAGAUGGCGGAGCGCUACUGGAACGCGUCACCGGACAGCCACCAGCAGCUGGACGCGGCCAGCGUGAUCGUGUCGGUGGUCUUCUCGCUCAUCUUCCUGCUGGGCACCGUGGGCAACAGCCUGGUGCUGGCCGUGCUGCUCCACAGCGGCCAGAUCGGCUACAACACCACCAACCUCUUCAUCCUGAACCUGGCCGUGGCCGACUUCUUCUUCAUCAUCUUCUGCGUGCCCUUCCAGGCCACCAUCUACGCGCUGGAGGGCUGGGUGUUCGGCACCUUCAUGUGCAAGGUGGUGCACUUCUUCAUCAACCUCACCAUGUACGCCAGCAGCUUCACACUGGCCGCCGUGUCCGUCGACAGGUACCUCGCCAUCCGCUACCCACUACGCUCCAGGGAGCUCCGCACGCCUUGCAACGCCUGCCUGGCCAUGGUGGUGAUCUGGGGCCUGUCGCUGGUCUUCGCCGGCCCGUACCUGAGCUACUACGACCUGGUCACCGUGGACAACCGCAGCAUGUGCGUGCCCGCCCUGAAGGUGUACAGCCGCAAGGUGCUGGACACGUGCACCUUCGCGUUCGGCUACGUCAUCCCCGUGCUGAUCGUGAGCCUGUCGUACACGCGCACCAUCAAGUACCUGUGGACGGCCGUGGACCCGCUGGACGGCAUGUCGGAGUCCAAGCGCGCCAAGCGCAAGGUGACCAAGAUGAUCAUCAUCGUGACGGUGCUCUUCUGCAUCUGCUGGCUGCCCUACCACGUGGUGCUGCUCUGCUACCUGUACGGGGACUUCCCCUUCAACGACACCACCUACGCGCUGCGCCUGCUCUCGCACUGCAUGGCCUACGCCAACUCCUGCCUCAACCCCAUCGUGUACGCGCUGGUCUCCAAGCACUUCCGCAAGGGCUUCCGGAAGGUGUUCAGCAGCUGCGUGCUGGUGGCUGGCGGCAAGGGCGGACGCAACAAGGUGCACGUGGUGCACGUGGCCAACACCGUGCCGGGCUUCGAGGCCGCCUCCACCGAGGUGUCGCAGAUGAUGCAGGAGGAGAACAGUUGUAAAAUAAAUCCUAACAAAGUUGGAGAUGGAUAG